AUGCAGGCGGCACGGCCGCCGCAACGCCUCAGGUCUGGGCGGGGCAGCAGGCGGCAGUCGCCGGUGGCAGCCGUGCCCGAGGCUGCGGCGGUGGACGUGCUGCCGCCGCAGUGCCGCAUCUGCUGGCUUGAAGCAGAUGUGGAGGAGGGCGGCGCGCUGCUGGCGCCCUGCCGCUGCUCCGGCAGCUCCCGCUGCGUGCACCAGCGCUGCCUGGCGGCCUGGAUGGGCGCGGUGGCCGAGCGCAAGGGGGUGCACGCCGCGCGGCACUGCGACAUCUGCCGCGCACGAUACGCAGGCCUGCCCCGCGAGCUGCACCUGCGCGAGCCGCCGGUCGCCUACCUGCGGCGCAAGGCGCUGGCGGCGAUGGCCACGCCCGCGGGCACCGCAGCAUCCUACUACGCCGCAGCCGGCAUGGCUUUCUCCACAGCCUGGGCCGUGCGGGGCGCGCUGCUCAGCGGCCGCUGGGAUGCCCCGCUGCUGUCGGCGGCGCGCUACCUGCAAGGCCUGGGGGUCCAUCUGGCGGUGGGCUGGGCACAGGCGCACGCCGUGGGCGCCCUGCCCUGGCCGCUGGAGCCCGCGGCGGCGGCGCUCUGCGCCUCCGCCCGACGCCUGGCAAUGGCAAUAGAGUACGCCCACAUGGGGCUGCUGCUGCUGUUUGGCGGGCUGGCCAAGGGCUUCGCCCAGGGCGCACUGCUCACCGCCCUGGCACCCAUAAAGCUGGCGGCGCACGCCGCGGGGGCGCUGCGCCACGGCGCCUGUGCCGUGGCCGGCUUGCUGCCCCAUGUUCGGCGCAAGUGGCAGCGCAGGCAGCGCAAGCGGUGGCAGGCGCCAGCGCAGCAGCAGCGGCAGCCGCAGCAAGGCCCGCCGACAGAGCGUGGAGGUCCUGCUGCGUUGGUCUGA